AUGUCGCCCCUGCUCUUCAAACACCUGAAGGAUGUCUGGUUUACUAAAUGGCUAACUGCCAGCCUUGAAAAGGCACUCUAUAGGAAGCUACCAUCUACCAAAGACCUGCAGAAUUACUGGUCUGAGUUUCGUCAGCCAUCUUCAGCAUGUCAUACGUCUCCGAGGGAGACAGCAGCCUGGAAUCGCGUUGGUCAACUAGUGAGGAUGACCAUUACUGCCCCGCAGGCACGGCAUGUCGCCAUGCAAGUAUACGAUUUUCGAGCAGUGAACCAAGUUCAUCACCCGUUUAUUCGAGGGCGAAACACUCAGAUUGGCCGGAUGAUAACCGGUUCAGGUAUAGUGAGCGGUGGUAUUCCGAUGACUGCGAGAUGGAUCCCUACAACCAAGAUAUCGCCAGCAGUGACAUUAUAUACGUGCUCGAAGAUGGCUGCUUUGUAUUCAACAGUAGCUAUAUUGCUGGUAAGCAGUUGUGGUAGUUCCACUCGAGCCGAGCCGACGGGAGAUGCGAGAAGUACACGCCCCAUACCCCCAAUGGUUCUGCAGCAACUAACAAGAAACAGACAUCAGUCUUGCAUCGACACUGCAAACCCUUCGUACCUCGACGUAGCUCCAACACAGCCUCCCACAAGGCGUGAGAUUGAAGAAUUCUGCUCUGUACAUGCCUACGUGGAGCAACUCCAAGCCGAAUGUAUCAAUCUACGAUGGCGCCUCGAGGCCGUGGAAUACAGCUCAGAGCACAAAAUCAACCAACUCUACAACGAGCACGAGGACCUGUCCCAAUCUCACGCCGCACUCCAACAUGACCAUCGCAACAUGACCCAGAAACACGACCGGCUCAUCGACGUCGCCAUACUAAUGUGUGCGGAGCUGAAAACACACGCUAAAUGCAUAAUCGACCUCUACAACUGGACGCCACGCAUCACACGUGUCCAGAAAGAUGUCGGCAUAUCCUACCGUUCGCCAAGCGCGACACCAGUGCAUGAGAUUCAUCUCUCCGACAUGGAACCAAAUAGCCAACCCACCACCCACGACUCUGAGCACCUCCAUCUCGUUUCCCCAGCCUCACCCGCAUUCACACCACAUGUGCCCAUAACCGAGCCACCAAAUACCCUAGAAAACCCCAAGGUCUUUCUCAAACUGCGAGGUUUGCGGCCUACAGGCCCGUUUGACGCGGGGUACGGUGGUGAUGGGGAAGCGCAAUCGCAUCCUGAAGCUUAUAUCUCGCCACCAAGUUCUGCUCCGGCGGGGACGACGGGCACAAAGGAUGUUGAGAGCGCGGCGAGCGGGCGAGAUGGACAUGGAGAUGAUGUCGCUGCUAGUGGUGAUGGUAAAAGAUGGUCCAGUGCGAGAGUGAGGAAGCCGUCGAGCAAGCGCAAGGCGGAGAUUUAUUGUGGAGCGCCGUUGAAACGAUCGAGGCCAUGUUCUUGA